AUACUUUUUCCAAAAAUGGUAAAAUCGAAGCACAGAAAGCGACCAACUAUGUUGCUCCGUGUUUAUUCUUUGGUCGUAUUGGCUCUGGACCUUUGCUCUCUUUGCGUUGGAAUAUGGUUUGCAGUGCUUGUCGCCCUGUUCAGAACACUCAGGCCUCCUCCCUUGAAGAGUCUACAAGGGGAAGUUGCUAUGGUAAUAGGCGCCGGCCGCGGAGUUGGGAGAGAGAUAGCUCUUCAACUUUCUCAGCUUGGAGUAACAGUAGCUUGCAUUGAUAUAAACAUGGAGACUUGUGAGGCGACUACAAAACGCGCUCGUCAAACGGGUAUAGCGAGUUCUUACGUAUGCGAUGUCACUGACAGGGAACAAGUUGGUCAUAUUGUUGAAAAAGUCAGAUCCGAAUUGGGUGAAGUUACCAUGCUUCUACAUUGCUGUGGCGUUCCUAGUCCACGAGCUCUGAUUCAAGAUCCUCCAGAAAUUCGCGAAACAAUGGAUGUCUCCGUGCUCAGUCAUUUCUGGCUUCUAGAUUCAGUGCUGCCCUGCAUGCAACGUGCAGGCCGUGGCCACGUUGUGGUUUUAUCAUCAGUAGCAGGCCUGUCUGGUGGCGCGACUCGAGGUGGUAGAGUGCCGCUUUCUACAGCCCAAUUUGCUGUUCAAGGAUUAGCCGAGUCCCUACACACCGAACUUAGGCAUUCGAAUAGUAAUAUAAUGGUGACGCUAAUUCACGUAUACCCAUUUAUCGUCGGUGCCGAAGUUGCUAAGGAUAUUCGAUUCAGGAUUCCGAGUUAUUUUGGAACCAUGCCAGCUGCGGAAGCUGCCAAACAGAUAUUAGACGGAGUUCGAAGAAAUUAUGCGGAGUUCAGCGUGCCGGGGUAUCUUCUCUACCUCGGGCAUAUCCUCAGAAUACUUCCGAAGAAGGCAUCGUUCAUGCUGAGAGAUCUAUUGGACACUGGUGUUGAUUUCGCAUGAUUGAAUUGUAUUGGAAUUUGUU